AUGUGCAAAGAGACUCAUGAAUCAGGAAACAAAGAGGUGUUGUAUAUGCACUUGGAUCUGGCCAGUCUGAAAUCUGUGAGGUCUGUCGCUGAAAACUUUCUCGAGAAAGAAUCCAGGUUGGAAAUUCUUAAGCAGACUGAGGAUGACUUUGGAAGGAUCUUUGGCGUCAAUCACCUCGGUCACUUUCUGUUAACCAUCCUGCUGCUGGAAAGGUUAAAAGAGUGCGGCCCCAGCAGAGUUGUGACAGUCUCUUCAAUGGCCCAUUGCAGGGGGAAAAUUGAUUUCUACUGCAUCAGCACUCAUAAUGAUUUGGGUUUAGGAAAUUCUGCAUUGGCCUUAUUAAUGUUGUACAGUCACAGCAAACUCUGCAAUGUCCUCUUUACGCAUGAACUGGCCAAGAGACUCAAAGGCACAAAUGUCACCUGCUACAGUCUUCAUCCAGGGGCCAUUAAAACGGACAUUGGUCGCCACAGCUAUCUAUGGUGGCGGCUGUUCAUGGCACCGAUUUUGCUGCUUUUCUUUUCGGACGUGGAAUCUGGAGCUCAGACAUCUCUUUACUGUGCACUUCAAGAGGGUAUUGAACCCCUGACUGGACGCUACUUCUCUAGCUGUGCAGUGCAGAAUGUCUCUGCUAAAGCCAGAGAUGAUGCAGUAGCCAAAAAGCUUUGGGAAGUCAGCGAGAGGCUGGUUGGUUUAGCGUGAGAUUAUCAGUUUCAUUAUGGAUUUGCACUUGCACAGUUUA